ACAACUUCAACUUUUCCGGCGGGAGCUUCGAAUUUGGGGAUUUCUUUUCUAAGCCAUCUCGAUUUAAUUGAAGGAUUCUAUCGUGUUCGUCUGGGUUAGGGAAAGCGGUUCCUUUAGUUUCCAAGCUUCGAAUCUGCCCGAAUUGACUCCAAUCGUCAUCCACAUGUUUCCCGCCAUUGGCAAAUUUGUAAAUUCCAGUUUCCGACGAAGGAAACCUAGAAUCCGGCGACCAAAAAUUGAAAUUGGGGAAUUGCGAUUAUGGCAGUUUCGUACCGUUUUAUGCGCACCUACACCAUCCUUUGACACCCAUGAAUCGAUUCCAAGCAUUCGACUGGAUCGAAUCACACUCAAAAGUCGCAACCAAUUCAGCUUUCUCGUAUUUGUUGUUCGUCCCGUUUUGUCAUGAAUUUGACAAAUCGGGCAUUUUCGAUUUGCCUCUCAUCCCCAUUCGACUCGUUCUACACGUUCCUUCCACCCUCCCAAACUCGCCCCCAUCAAUCGAUUGGGUUGAUUUAGCCUAAAUCUUCUCAACCGAUCUGGCCAGAAUCUCAUCACGUUUUGUCGUUUCCAGAGGCGUUGCGAAUCGGAUUUGUCCCAUCGAAUCAAUGGGAUUCAACUCAGUUUCGAUGAAAUCAAUCCUGGAUCAUCCAAAAACAUGUUGGAAAGCUCAGUGUGGCUCACCUCGCUCCCCGGACUUCCACCCAAAACACUCCCAUUCGUGCUUUGCUCCCACGAUGAAGAACAGAGGUCUCCAACCACUUCUUCAACGCACUGGAACUCCAGCUUCUGCAUUGGAGGAUCCCCACUUAAAUUUUCCAUUUCCUUUGCUCGCUCCUCCUCGUCUUGGAGCUUUUGCAACAGGGUGGCCUGAUCUUCAACAGCUUCUUCUGGCGAUAGAAGCUUUAGAGCAAAAAUCUUUCCGCAAUUCCGCAAUCUGAUUCAGUUGGUUCUCCUGCUAUGUCGAGCAUCGUGAUCAUCGUGCCAAGGCUUCUCAAGCACAACAUGAGUCAAUUUCAGAGGCACAACAUCGCACCGAACCACAUCUUCGUAGCUCCCAAUUAUGAAUGGUAAGAUUACUUCCUCUAUUACAAAAAUGAGGCCUUCUUUCUCCAACAACGACACCGAGUAAGGAGCUGGAUGUUUUCGUAUCGACAGCCCCAAUUUAGCAAUUGUUCGUGAGCUAAUAAAGUUCGAUUGUCUCUCACCAUUAACGUACACAAAUCACACCUUAUCUCCCAACAAACAGCGAGUGUAAGAAGUCAGGUUACCUUGCUCAAAUUCUGCCAUUGUCGGAGCUCGCAGAAAGUUGUACUCUUCUUCUCCUGUCCACUGAUUUGAACGCGGCUCUGAUACCACUUAAUACGCCCCAGGGGGGCGUAUGUUAUCAAAUUAACGCAGCAAACGACUCAAUCAAAGAAUCGAUUGAGCUCGAAUCAAGAACGAAACGUUCUUAAUACGAACUUGGAUAAAACGGAACCAAAAGGACGAUUCCACACCUGGGGAAUGCUCGAUUGGAAUAAGGGUAUCUGCUCGACCACGAUUGAAGAGGAUAUUCAAUCGAUACAAAGCUCACAAUCUUGAAAUCCACCAAACUCAAAACAAGUUCGCAAACUUGCGCAAAACCAAAGUUUCUAUUCAAUUCAACAAAGUCUGAAUUUUACAACGAAAUAGAAUGGUAUUUAAAGG